GAAAAAGAUGGCGCCCCGCGCCUAGGGGGCCCCUUCCUGAGCGCCCCGGCCCCUCCCUCCUCCUCCUCCCCCAUCCUCCCUGCGGCGCCCCCGCCCCGCCCCGCCCCCGCCAAGACCCCGACCCCCGGCCCCACGGGCGGACACUCGGCCAGGCAGCCGCGGGCCGAGCGCAGCCGCCUCCGCCGCCGCCGAUGCUCCGGGUGGCCAGACUCCAAGUGGGACCGGCAGACACGCAGCCUCGCGUGUCAGUAGAAGCUGAUGGACAAUCGCGCUCUGGACCCAGGAACUCGGGACUCCUAUGGUGCCGCCAGCCACCACCCCAACAAGGGGGCCCUGGAGAAGGCCAGAAACAACUUCAAAGACCUGAUGUCCAAACUGACAGAGGGCCAGUAUGUGCUGUGCCGGUGGACAGACGGGCUGUAUUACCUUGGGAAGAUCAAGAGGGUCAGCAGUUCUAAGCAAAGCUGCCUUGUGACUUUCGAAGAUAAUUCCAAAUACUGGGUCCUGUGGAAGGACAUACAGCAUGCUGGUGUUCCAGGUGAGGAGCCCAAGUGCAACAUCUGUCUAGGAAAGACAUCGGGGCCUUCGAAUGAGAUCCUCAUCUGUGGCAAGUGUGGCCUGGGUUACCACCAGCAGUGCCAUAUCCCCAUAGCAGGCAGCGCUGGCCAGCCCCUGCUCACACCCUGGUUCUGCCGACGCUGCAUCUUCGCACUGGCUGUGCGGAAAGGCGGCGCGCUGAAGAAGGGGGCCAUCGCCAGGACGCUGCAGGCCGUGAAGAUGGUGCUAUCUUACCAGCCCGAGGAGCUGGAGUGGGACUCGCCCCACAGAACUAACCAGCAGCAAUGCUACUGCUACUGCGGCGGGCCUGGAGAGUGGUACUUGCGGAUGCUGCAGUGUUAUCGGUGCAGACAGUGGUUCCAUGAGGCCUGCACCCAGUGCCUCAAUGAGCCCAUGAUGUUUGGAGAUCGGUUCUACCUGUUCUUCUGUUCCGUGUGUAACCAAGGCCCAGAGUACAUUGAGAGGCUGCCCCUGCGAUGGGUGGAUGUGGUUCAUCUUGCCCUCUACAACCUGGGAGUGCAAAGCAAGAAGAAGUACUUUGACUUCGAAGAGAUUCUGGCCUUUGUCAACCACCACUGGGAGCUCCUGCAGCUUGGCAAGCUCACCAGCACCCCUGUGAUGGACCGAGGACCUCAUCUGCUCAACGCUCUCAACAGUUACAAAAGCCGGUUCCUCUGUGGCAAAGAGAUCAAGAAGAAGAAAUGCAUCUUCCGCCUGCGCAUCCGCGUCCCUCCCAACCCCCCCGGGAAGCUGCUGCCUGACAAGCGGCUGGUACCCAGUGAGAAUGGUGCCUCCUCUGAGCUGCGCAAGAGAGGGAAGAGCAAGUCAGGUUUGUUGCCUCAUGAAUCCCAGCAGCAGAAAAGGCGAGUUUAUAGAAGAAAAAGAUCAAAGUUUUUGCUGGAAGAUGCUAUUCCCAGUAGUGACUUCACUUCGGCCUGGAGCACCAACCACCACCUGGCCAGCAUAUUUGACUUCACACUGGAUGAAAUUCAGAGUUUAAAAAGUGCCAGCUCAGGCCAGACCUUCUUCUCAGAUGUGGACUCCACAUAUGCUGCCAGCACUUCUGGCUCCGCCUCCACCAGCCUCUCCUAUGACUCCAGACGGACAGUGGGCAGCCGCAAGAGGAAGCUGGCAGCCAAAGUAUACAUGCCACUGCAGGCAAAGAGGCGGGCAGCCGAGCUGGGUGGGCACUGCCCCUCAGACGACAGUGCAGAGGGGGCUUCAGGCCCUGACCGGCCAGAUGAAGGCAUCGACAGCCACACGUUCGAGAGCAUCAGCGAAGAUGACUCAUCCUUAUCCCACCUCAAGUCAUCUAUCACCAAUUACUUUGGUGCAGCGGGGCGGUUGGCCUGUGGGGAGAAAUACCAGGUGCUGGCUCGGAGGGUCACACCAGAGGGCAAGGUGCAGUACUUAGUGGAGUGGGAAGGGACCACCCCUUACUGA